AGCUGGAUGUUUUUGGAAUCCGGAAAUGAUACAAAAAAAAAUGUUUCAGAGGAAAAAGAGAAGAGACCCAAACUGCUGUGAGUAAAAGGGAAAACGUGAGUGAUAUCAGCAAUUUAACACGGUCAGAUUUACUUUUCAGAGUCUGCGAAAACAAGGAAUAGAAAAAGGAUAGCAACAAAUUCAAUGAUAUUGUAUUGUAUUGCUGCGGCAACUUUGAAGAAGGAAAAAAUGGGGAAAACUUCUAGGAGUUGACAUGUUUGAAAGAAUUGGAGGGUGGUUUUCUUGAGAGCCGGUUUACAGUUUUUCUUAAGAAGAAAAGUGGCCGAUGUCCCAGGAGAGAGAACUGGCUCAUCCUCUUCGGCCUUCAGGGCCAGAGACGGAAGCUUCACAAGAGAAAAGCCUUCUGCAUCCAGGCACUCGGGAUAUACAUGACAAUUCAAGCAAACCGUCAGACCAAAAAGAGGCACUCUCACUGGCUUGCAGGAACAACCUCCCUGAAGCACAAGACCAGAUGAGUGGGGAGUAUUCCACAAAUGGUGACCUCAUUACAACCCAACCUCAAGCCCUGCCUCCGCCAAUUGCUUCAGCACUGGAACAGAGUGAGGAAAAAACUGGCAAGCUGCAAAAUGGCCACGCAGGUCUGAGUGAUGGAAAUGGAAUUCACAAUGGGGUCAGAUAUGCAAGUGCAGACCACAGAAAACUCUCGGCUCCUGUUUCCCAGAAUAUGCACGGAAAACUAGAGUCCAGCCUGUCUGUGAGCAGCGAUAGCAGCAAAAAGAGCAAAGUCAGCUCCAUAAACUCUCAAAAGCCCGGAUCAUCCCCAGAAGGCAGCUGUGUGCACUGCAUCCUGACUUGCCUGUUCUGUGAGUUCCUUGACCUCUGUAACAUUGUAGUGGCACAAGCUUUGUGUGGCACUUGUACACCUGAGGCCUGCUGUUGCUGCUGUGGGGAUGAGCUGGGGGAUGACUGUAACUGCCCCUGCGACAUGGACUGUGGCAUAAUGGACGCCUGCUGUGAGUCCUCAGACUGCUUGGAAAUCUGUAUGGAGUGCUGCGGCAUUUGCUUCCCUACAUGAACAGCUUGUUGUAAUAUACUGUAAGUUAGGUUGUGGAGAGAUUUGGUUCUAUAUUUAACCAAUAUACGUAGAUAAAACACCCCAAAAACAGAAAACCCAUAAACACUAAAAGAACACCAGAAAGGUUUACAGUUUGUGUUCAAUAAUGAACUUCUGGGCUUUUCAAAGCAUAAAGCGCACACUGAGACAGUUCAGCUCUUGGACGCCUUCACACAAAUCUCCAGAUAAGUACUUGGGAAGUUAAUUAGUCUACAAAAAAGCCUGCAGAUUGCUGAAAGAUAAACACUGAAAAGUAAAAUAUAUAAACUAGGGAUGGGAUAGAGUACUCCAAUACUCAAAGUAAUUAUAAUUACUCGAGCACUAAUUUAUUACUAAUACUCGAAAAAAUGAAUAUCUGUUCAUAAAUGAAUAUAUUGUAGCGACCCGAUCAGUUCAGUUUGGCAGACUUGUUUCAUUUAGUCCUGUACAUUCACGUUAUCGGUAUUGUUCUGGGGUGGGACCAUACCACUAGUUUCAGUAGUGUGUGUUUGUGAGCCGCUGCUGGGUGUGGACCAUGUCAUCUAGAUGUCCUUGGUCUGCCACCCCCCCAUGAGAGUAGUGGUCCGCUCUCGUCUCUGUGUGUGAGGGGACUGAUAGAGCCGGAGCCUGUCUGUGUGGAAUAGAGCAAGCGAGAAAGUGAGCGAGUUUUUAGUACAGGAGGACAUUUUUUUAAAUUAUUUUUGUGGUGUGGUCCUGAUCCAAACACGGACCCUGUUUAAUUAAUAAAGUAGUUUUUUGUAGUGCCUGAAUGCCAUCUCCACCUCUUGCUUUGAGCCUGAAGACUAGUUACAAUGUGGUUACAAUAUUUUCUUCACAUAUACCACCUUAACACUAGCCACGGAAGUCAUUUUGACGGGUUGAGGUUUUCAAAUAUGCGUGUCUAAAAGGUAUGUGGUUGUCAGUUUGACUUUUCCCAUUCUCUACUUGAUCUGGCAGCCAUCAAUUCCUUCGUUUUGUACAAUGAAUGUACCAGGGAAAAUAUCAGUAGGAGAGAUUUCAUCUUGAAGCUAGCCAUAGCGCUUCAGCAGAAACAUUUCGAUGAGAAAGCUGCAGAAACUCAACCUGGAUUCAGGGCUGCACCGGGUGACGCAUGCAAGAGCUAACACACGUUACUUUCGUUACUAACAACCAAACGAGCAAGAUGGGCCGAAUGGCCUCCUCUCGUUUGUAAACUUUCUUAUGUUCUUAUAUUC